AUGGAUUUGGAGUCUGAAGACGGCGGUGAUGGUGUCAAUUAUAGUGUUAAUUUCGUCACGAAUACGUUAUUUCCAACGUUUGAUGACGCAGUAAAAUGGGCGGAUGUUGUUUCCAUAAAUCUGGGACUUAUUUUGGUUAAAUCGUCUUACAACAAAACCAGACAUGGUCGGUCGUAUCGAUAUUUGAAAUGUGAUCGGGGUCAGAAGAGCAAACCGAGAGAUUUGAAGAACGCAAUACGGAAGGACACAAAAACCAAAGCCAAUGCUUGUCCUUUCUACAUCAAGAUAUAUUAUGAAUUCACCACAGAUAGUUGGAAGAUCCGUGCAAAAAAUGAUGAAAGUGGGACCCAUAACCAUCCAAUGAUCGUGUAUCAUGAGGGUCAUCGUAAAAUUAGUGGCUUGAUCCCGGGUGCCAAAAAGGUUGUGCGUGACAUGACAAAGUCCAAGGUUGCACCGCGUAACAUCAUGGCAACUGUUGUAGAACAAUUUCCUGAUGAUCAUCCAAACAUCAGACACAUUUACAAUUUUCGGAAUUUCUUUAGAAUGAAGAUGUCUGAAGGCAAAGGAGUUGUUCAACAAUUUCUUCAUUUGGCGAGACAAAGUCAGUAUAUUUACUGGGUCAUGGCCGAUGACCUCGGUGUUCUACAACAUGCAUUUAUGGUGCACCCAAUCACGGUAAACAUACUACGCACAUAUCCACAUGUAAUCGGUAUGGAUUCAACUUACAAGACCAACCGAUACGGGAUGCCAUUCUUUGAGAUAGUAGGUGUAACACCGACAAAUCAGAAUUUCCUCGUUAGUUAUGUGUUCAUGCGCAACGAGUGCACGGCAAGCUAUCGGUGGGUGUUGAAGAGAUUAAGGGAGUUGAUUGGGUAUGAUAAAGAACCAUCGGUAUUUUUGUUUGAUCGUGAACUUGGCCUAUGUGCGGCAUUGAGAGAAGCGUUUUCAGGGACGUCGCAUUUUCAUUGUCGAUGGCACAUUAACAAAGAUGUGGAGGCUAGGGUGACAGAUAGGUUUAAAAAUAAGAAGAUCGGUGCGAGUUUCAAAAAUGGAAAAUGGAAAUGUAUCAUGGAUGCUACAACCAAGGCGGAUUAUAAUGUUGCUCUGGAUACAAUGAAAGCUAUGUGGGCAAGUUAUUCGACAGUGAUUAUUUACGUUGAGAAAACAUGA